CAAAACUUUAAGUUGCACUUGCAGAUGAUUCAGGAUUUAUCAGUGUGAACUUGCAAAAAGUCAUUGCCUAUAAGGCGGACAUAGAAAAGCUUCGCAGUUUACUGUUAGCUUGUUAGCUCUUGUGGUUGUUGCAGGGUGAAUAAAACACGGCGUAUAAUUAAGUAGAGCAAGGCUAAUUGUUAGAUUGUUAUCUGUAUUAAUCAUUAGACCCUGAUAAUAUAACAUAAAAUUAGAUUACUGAUCCAAAUAGGAAACUAGCAUGCACAAAAAGGAGAGCGGAAUCCAAUGAACUUUGACCCAGUUCUGUGAUCAAGAGUCUGGAUGUUAGCCAGGCUGCAGGUUUCAAGCCAUGUCAGUGCACACAGCCUUACUGAGCCGCCGUGUACCGGGAAGCUGCCGCAGGGUGUGGUGUGUUGUUGCUCGGCCGCUCGUCCACAUCAGAUCAGCCAGUGUAGCUGAACCAGGCACAAGGAGAUCUGAUGAAGAGCACCUCUGGGAGGCAGCGAGCCACCUGCCGUUUUCCAGAGCCAGGAUAGGAUCUUUCUUUCAGGAAAGGCCUGUCCUGAGGAACCCAUUUCUAGAGGAUGCCUUGCUCAGAGGAUACCUGAGCAGACACCUGCCCCAGGAGGCAGCUCUCUCUGACUUGUGUGCAUUUGGAGAGCGCGUGGCGAAUGAGAUAGACGGGUGGGGCAGAGAGUGUGAGGUUUCCCCGCCACGGUUGGUACACUUUGAUCCGUGGGGUAACAGAGUGGACCACAUACUGACCUCCCAGGCCUGGAAACGCAUGAAGGACUUGUCGGCGCAGGAAGGACUGGUUGCCAUUGGUUAUGAGAGAUCAUUUGGAGAGUGGAGUCGUGUGUACCAAAUGAGCAAGUUGUACAUCUUCUCUCCCUCCUCUGGUCUCUACACCUGUCCACUUGCCAUGACUGAUGGAGCUGCUAAAGUCAUCCAGUCCGUAGGUGUUUCAUGGCCAGUAGAUGAAGCCUACAGUCGUUUGACCACUCGUCAGCCUGAGCGUUUCUGGACAUCUGGACAGUGGAUGACAGAAAGACAGGGAGGAUCUGAUGUGGCCAGCGGCACAGAGACGGUGGCUGUUCCCCAAUCAGAUGGUUCAUACAAACUUCACGGCCUCAAGUGGUUUACCUCUGCUACAGACGCAGACAUGACUCUCACACUGGCCAGAGUGCAGGACACAAUGGGCACAACCACACCGGGCAGCAGGGGUUUGUCUUUGUUCUAUGCAGAGGUGAGUCGAGAUGAGGGUGGCCGCCUGAGGGGUAUAGAGGUUCAGAGACUGAAGGACAAGCUGGGCACACGACAGAUGCCGACUGCUGAGUUACUGCUGGAUGGCCUGCCUGCACACAGGCUCUCACAGGAAGGGAGAGGUGUGGCCUCCAUAGCUAACAUGCUGACUAUAACCAGGAUCCACAACAGCAUCUCUGCAGCAGCUGCAAUGAGAAGGGUAGUACAGUUAGCUCGUGACUAUGCCACUCGCCGCACUGCCUUUGGAAAGCUUCUUAAAGACCACCCACUGCACAUGCAGACUCUUGCUAGGAUGGAGGUGGAGACUCGUGGAGCGUUCCUUCUGGUGAUGGAUGUGUGUCGUCUGUUGGGCCGAGAGGAAAGCAGCAUGGCGACCGAGCUCGAUACACAGCUCCUACGUCUGCUCACUCCUGUGGUCAAACUGUACACUGGGAAGCAGGCAGUGGCUGUGGUGUCGGAGGGUCUGGAAAGCUUUGGUGGACAGGGCUACAUCGAGGAUACCGGGUUGCCUGUACUGCUUCGUGAUGCACAGGUGUUGAGUAUUUGGGAAGGUACAACAAACGUUCUGUCUCUGGAUGUGCUGCGCUGUGUGGCUCGUAGCUCAGGAAUGGUCCUUCACGCUUACUUCACCCAUGCUAAGUCCCUGCUCGCAGGUGCGUCAAGUGUUUCCUCUUUGGCUCCAGCAGUGAAGGCAGUAGACAAUGCUAUCUCUGAGCUGCAGAAUUUUGUGCAAGCAGCAGCUACUAGAGCACCCAGCUACCUGGAAUUGGCAGCCAGAGACCUGGGAUACAGCCUGGCUCGCAUCUACACUGGUGCCCUUCUCAUUGACCACGCUUGUUGGAAAGGAGCCUCUCCAUCUGACACCUAUGCAGCUCUCAGGUGGUGUGAACAGGAUUUGUGUCCUGUGGUCACUAAACAGGCGAGAGGCUGCUAUGAUCCCAGCACUCCGCCACUUGAUGCUGCUCUGGUGUACGACCAGCCAACCCAAGGCUGAACAUUCAUUGGAAACAGAUAGAUUUGCAACCUGAUCUGCUGUUUCUGUGCCUCACUUUAAUUCAGAACUUAUCACUGUAUCCCACAUUUUUUUUUGUAGAUGACUGAGACCAUUCUUUCAUGAAAAUCAAAAAUGAAAAUCCACUUACUAGUAAGCACAGCAAUUGAGCUAAAAAAUCAAGUUUCUACUGCUGCGUAUGUUUAUGUAAAGCAAUUAUAUGAUUUAGUAUGUUUGAUAGUUCCUUAUGUAUAUAAAAUAUUUCCAUUUUUGUCUGCAAUAAAUUUUGAACUGUG